UUUGUUCAGUCGUGAGUUUCGGUCAAUAAGAAAUGUACAGUUUUUUUACUAGUGCGCUAUUUCGGCAGUAUGCAGUGGUGGUUGCAUUAAACCUGAACUGCCUGAGCGUGGGUCUAGGGUCGACCUGGGCGUCCCCCGUGUUGGUGAAGUUGGCCAAUUCUUCGGAAACCGUCCUUCGUCAGCCUUUGACUUCUGAUGAUGCCUCCUGGAUUGGAUCUAUCGUAUUCAUCGCUGCGGCUGUUGGCUUCCUAAUAGCGUACGCUCUCAUAGACUACAUCGGUCGUAAGCGCUGCGCCAUCUUGUCCGCCAUCUUUAGCACGUCGGCAGCCAUUUUGUGUCUCGUCGCUACUAAAGUGUGGAUGAUUGUGUUGGGCCGAGCCGUUAAUGGAUUAUUUCAAGGAAUAAUUUUGGGAGUUGUCCCUGUUUAUGCUUCGGAGGUUGCUAGCAAAGAAGUCAGAGGUUCCCUCGGAGUGAUGCUACAGAUAUUUUCCUCCCUGGGGGCCGUUAUAAUGCUCAGCGUCGGCCCUUACGUAUCCUACUUCAACCUGAACCUGAUGGUCACCGUGUUUGUUAUAGUGACCAGCAUACCGACUAUAUUCUUGCCGGACAGUCCAAGUUUCUUAUUUUCUAAAGGAAAAAUCGAAGAAUCAAAAAAAGUCCUCAUCUUCCUUCGAUCUUCAGAACCUCAAGCCAACGAAGAGCUAAAAGCAUACUCCGCAAACAGAAGGGACAAAAAACUUAACCCUUUGACCGCUUUCCUAGACAAGAUGUUCCUGAAAAGCCUUAUAAAGCCUUGUUCUAUAGGUUUUUUAAUGUUUUUUACCGGAUAUAACUGUGUGGAGACGUAUUUACAAACGAUUUUGGAAGUUACGAGAACCAGUGUGAGGUCAGAAAUGGCGUCGGGGAUAAUUGGUGCUAUACAACUGAUUGCUAGUUUUUCAACGAUGAUGCUUACCGAUAGGUUUGGGAGGAAACCUAUUUUGGUGACGACUUUGAUUGGCUUCACAGUUGGUAUGGUUGGGUUGGGAACAUUUUUCAAGCUCACGGAGACAGGAUCAAAAGUGUCCGGGUUCUUAAACUUUCUACCACUCAUAUCUUUGAUUAUCAUCGUGUAUUGCUACAGUGCAGGUCCAUCUUCUCUCUUCUGGGUCCUCAUAUCUGAACUCUUCGACGACCGGACCCGAGGCAUCGGAUCCACGACAGCCUUCCUCACAUGCACCAUACCCGGCUUCCUAACAAUCAGAUACUAUUCCUCUUUAGUCGCUAGCAUUGGAGCUGCUGCCACAUUUUGGAUUUCUGGAACCAUCUCUGUGGUACUAGCUGGGUUUAUAGCCUGGGGCGUGCCGGAGACAAAUGGGAAGAAUUUUAGUGAGAUCCAGAAUGAGUUAGGAAAUAGGGAUAUUAGAGAUGAAGAAAAGUAAUAUAAUAAGUUUACAACAUUUACAUGCAAAAUUUACGCUUUUUGACGCGUGAUUGUCGCGUGUUUGACGCUAGAUGUCACUACAAAUAACUCGAAUUUACUGAUGUAAGGGAGGUACAACUUUUUCCUUACUUAUUCCACUAUGUUGCUACCUAGAAUGACCUACUACAGACGGUAAGUAUGUCGGAAAAAGUUUUAUACGAAGGAACAUCAACAUGUUCCCAACUAUUUCUGUAAGAAAACUCCCGAUCAGGGCCAAGGCCUUAGAUCAAUCAAGCUUAUCUAAACUUGGUUUUUAGCCUGUUUUGCCCUUGUCAAGACUUCAGCUACGUAAUAAGGAAUAAGUUUUCUCGUACUCGUACCAUUAACAG